AUCUCUUCUAGAAAAACAAAGAAGAAGUAAAAAAAUCCCCGCUCAUCUUCGUCGUCUUGGCGUUUUGAUAUUUGACACUUUUUCCUCAUAUUUCAAUCUCAUUUUUCUUCUCCUUCCUUCAUUCCUCUGCAAAACACAAUAUCAACAACAACAAAAUGAUCACAACGACGUUGUCUUCUACGGCGUUUACAACCUCAGCCUCGCCGUUAAAAGUCAACAGAGACGAUUCCAAACACAAUAACUCAGCUUCCUUUUACUCCCAAAUCCCUUUCCUUUACAACCCUCUUUCCAAAGCUCCAUCAAUUUCCAGGAAGUCAUGUCGGGUCCGAGCAACUGUUUUGAAAGAAAAUGAGGAGAAAGUGGUAGUGGAGGAGUCAUUUCCGGCAAAGACUUCUCCUGGUGAUGGAGGGAAAGGAAGUGGUGGCGAUAACGAACCACCAGAGAGUUCAUCUUCCGAUGCAUUGGAGAGAUGGGCUAUCAAGUUCGAACAAUCCGUGAAUAUCUUUCUCACGGACUCAGUGAUAAAGAUACUCGAUACCUUGUACCAUGAUCGAGAAUAUCCAAGGUUCUUUGUACUGGAAACUAUUGCAAGAGUUCCUUAUUUUGCCUUUAUGUCUGUUCUACACAUGUAUGAGAGUUUUGGUUGGUGGAGAAGAGCAGAUUACAUAAAAGUGCAUUUUGCCGAGAGUUGGAAUGAGAUGCAUCACUUGCUCAUUAUGGAAGAGUUGGGGGGAAAUGCUUGGUGGAUUGAUCGGUUUCUUGCUCAACAUAUUGCAAUCGCUUACUACAUUAUGACAGUCUUAAUGUAUGUUAUAAGCCCUAGAAUGGCAUAUCACUUUUCUGAAUGUGUAGAGGGCCAUGCAUUUGAAACUUACGACAAAUUUAUCAAGGCCCAAGGAGAGGAGUUGAAAAAAUUACCUGCACCUGAGGUUGCUGUAAAAUACUACACUGGAGGUGACUUCUACUUGUUUGAUGAAUUUCAAACGGCAAGAACUCCCAAUUCUCGAAGGCCUAAAAUAGAGAAUUUGUACGACGUGUUUUUGAACAUUAGAGAUGAUGAAGCUGAACAUUGUAAGACGAUGAAAGCCUGUCAGACUCGUGGGAACCUUCGGUCUCCUCAUUCAUAUCCAGAGGAUGCCUCUGAAGAUGACUCUCAAAAUGUCCUUCAUGAAGCCAAUUGUGAAGGUAUUGUAGAUUGCAUAAAGAAAUCUGUCACAUCACCUCCAGCAAAUCAAGAAAUAUGACAGGCAUGGAAAAUUAGCUUACAAUCCAUGGAUAGGGAUACAAUCGUAUAGACAAUCAAUAGAGAUCUAAUAGAUGUCUUGGCUCUUCAAUGAAAGGUUGUUCUACUUUUAUUUUUAUAUUUUACCCACGUUAUAUAGAGCUGAGGAAGAAAUUCAUGCUAUGGUUCAUCAUAAUCUGUGACACAUCUCUUUUGCUUCCUCUCAUAAAUUCAUCUCCACUCCAAGAAUGCUUCCUAGAUGACACAGCCUGAUGAGGAAGCUUAUCAAUGUAAAAUUAAACCGACAUUUUUUUUUUUUUUGGCUAGAUGUAUUAACUCAGAACAAAAGAACUACAAAGAGAGUUUUACGCUUAUGGGGUUCACCUUUAUAUAAGAGGGAUGUAACCAUUACAUCAA